AAACUGAGCGAGAAAAUGUCUGUGUCUGUGCAGAAACGUCCUUACAAAAUAAAAACAUAAAAAAGUCCAUAAGUAAACACAUUUAUGGAAAUAAAACACUGAUGAGGCUCAGAGUUGGGUGAGAUCACGUGACGGUGCGCAGACUCAGUACGGAAGUGUCUCCUCGCCGUUGCUCCGGAAGUGCUCAGCGGGUCGUGAGGUCAAAGGCUAAAGGUUACUCCUCUUUGCACUGAAACUACACACAGCCAUCUUGGAUCGACCGAAGCGAAGGGAAGUUGAUGCGGUGACGAAGGCAUGUUUGGUGCUAGAAAAAAAUUUUCGGAGUUCCCCGAAAUACUGGAUGACUUCUCCGAUGACAGCAUGUACUACAGCCAGCCGUCGAUGUUCGCGCAUCGGUCGGACAAAGACAUGCUGUCUUCCCCGUCGCCGUCGUCGUCAAACCAGCUGUCGCAGCUCGGCGCCAGUUUGUACGGUCCUCAAAGUGCGAUUGGCUUCUCGGUCAGAGGGAUGGGCAACAGCACGCCACAGCUGAACCGGAAUCUAACGCAAGGCACGCAGCUACCGAGUCAUAUCACGCCAACCACCGGCGUCCCCACCAUGUCCCUCCACACCCCCCCGUCACCCAGCAGGGGGACGUUACCCAUGAACUCCAGAAACAUGCUGAACCACUCCCAGGUGGGCCAGGCCAUCGGGAUCGGCACCAGGACCAGCAGCAUGGGCAGCUCGGGGCUGGGCAGCCCCAACCGCAGCUCCCCCAGCAUCAUCUGCAUGCCCAAGCAGCAGCCGGCGCGCCAGCCCUUCACCAUCAACAGCAUGUCGGGAUUCGGAAUGAACCGGAAUCAGGUGUACGGCUUGAACCACUCGCUAUCCAGCAACAUCUUCAACGGCACAGACGGGGAGAAUCUAACGGGGCUGGACCUGUCGGACUUCCCUGCGUUAGCGGACCGGAGUCGGAGGGAAGGGACCGGGAAUCCCACGCCGGUGCUCAACCCGCUGGCCGGACGGGCUCCUUACGUUGGCAUGGUAACAAAGCCGUCAACGGAACAGACACAGGAUUUCUCCAUCCAUAACGAAGACUUCCCUGCACUGCCCGGGCCAAACUUUAAGGACCCCACAUUGAACAAUGAUGAGAGUAAAAGUAACAACCUGAACUCCAUGAGUAAGAGCGCGCCCAGCACAGACGGGCCAAAGUUCCCCGGAGACAAAACGGCGUUGGCGCAGAACAACAACCUGAAGAAAGGGAUCCAGGUGCUGCCUGACGGCCGGGUGACCAACAUUCCCGCAGGGAUGGUGACGGACCAGUUCGGCAUGAUCGGCCUGCUGACGUUCAUCCGGGCUGCAGAGACGGAUCCGGGGAUGGUCCAUCUGGCGCUCGGCAGUGACCUGACAACGCUGGGACUCAAUUUAAACUCCCCAGAAAACUUGUACCCCAAGUUCGCCUCUCCGUGGGCCUCGGCGCCGUGCCGACCUCAGGACAUUGACUUCCACGUUCCGUCAGAGUACCUGACUAACAUCCACAUACGGGAUAAGCUGGCUUCCAUUAAGCUGGCUCGAUACGGAGAAGACCUGCUGUUCUACCUGUACUACAUGAACGGCGGCGAUCUGCUUCAGAUUCUGGCUGCAGUUGAGCUCUUUAACCGGGACUGGCGGUACCACAAAGAGGAGCGGGUUUGGAUCACGAGGGCGCCCGGCAUGGAGCCCACGCUCAAGAGCAACACCUACGAGCGCGGCACCUACUACUUCUUCGACUGUCUUAACUGGAGGAAAGUGGCGAAGGAGUUUCAUCUGGAGUACGACAAGCUGGAGGAGCGGCCUCACGUGCCCACCACCUUCAACUACAACCCCGCCCAGCAGGCCUUCUGAGGCCCAGCCGGAGAACACGCCGCGUCCAGCCGCCGGCGGGUUUUUAUUCCUCCAGGUGUCGCCGCUGAAACUGUCCUGCCUUUCUGAAUGAACAUGCUGCCCAAAAACAUCCACACGUGUUCCGUUUUUAAUCCUUCUGUUCCAGUUUUUUUUUGUCUCGUUUGGACCGGGGUCCGUGUUAUGUUUACGUCUGCGAAUCUGAGGCCAGUGUCCCCCUGGGGGGCGGGGUUACGGUGCAGGACAGAGGCUGCACAGCCGUGUUAGGAUGCAGAGAAGAAGCCGCAGCCUCAGACGCAGGAGGGCGGGGCUUGUUCACCGCUGCACUGCGUUUAGUUCUAAAACGCCCCGUUUGUUUCUUGGCUUCCGCCCACACUCCCCGCCAUCGAGCCCCGCCCCUCAUGCGACCUCGGCUCCUGACUGUCACUCAGUUGAUCCCAGCCGCUUCUCCUGUUUCUGGAAUAUUCUGCAGCGGAAAAACAUGGACACAAAUCCGGGAAAAAGGACACAUUUCCACAGAGGAGGAUCCUCGUCGGCUGAGAGCCACGUCAAACACUUUUCAGUCUUUGUUACGAUUUUGUAAGAACUGUGUACAUUUUGUUCCUUUUAUCACACAAAUUAGUAUAUGUAUGUAUGUGUACAUAUGAUUGCUAUAUAUAUGUAUGAAUAUAUAUAUAUAUAUAUAUGACAUUAUUUUGGAAGAAAUGCAGAUUUUUGACCUUGUUUUUUUAUGAGGUGAGCAUGGAAGAAAUGUGAUUGUAACUUGUUCUCUGGGGCAAACGGGGCACUUUAAUCAAAAUGAUUAUGGAUGGAAGACCUCAAAGGCCCCCCCUCCUGGAAACCCCGGGGGCGGAUGUGGGGUUGGAGCCAGAGUUUAGCUAUCCAAAGUACUGGAGGGGGGGGCGUAUUUAACUUCAAGCUGUCAACAGCAAUAUUCCAUACGAACGGGAAAGCAGCGAGAAACUCCCAGCAUUCCGUGUUUUUGGAAGUUAAAUCCUCCUUUUCUUUGUAUUAAAGCAGCUUUCCUGAA